AUGGGCUCGUUAAGCCCCACCUGCUCCCGGGAGAGAGGCAGGACGGCCAUCCUCAUCUUACGCACGGGGGAAGCCGAGAUGCAGAACGAGGUACCGUCUCCCCGCAACCAACAAGCAGCUGACCAGUCACAGAUGAACUGCACCCUCCCCGAAGGCCAGUCGUUCUGCGACACCGGUCCACAAAAGACGAUAAAAGUCUCCCGCAACGGCAAGCUAACGGUGCUCUGCCUUCAGCCAGUGCAGCAGAGGCUUGUGAUCUUAGCCCUGAAGUUGCUGGGUUCAAACCCCACUCUGGACCCACGCGGAACGUACUUGCAAACGAAGCCGUCUCUCUCCCUCUCCUCCCAGGCUUGCAGGCUGCAGAAGCUGUUUGCUGUGGAAGAGGAGCUGGAAGACGAGGAUUUCCUGUCGGCCGUGGAGGACGCGGAGAACCAGCUCUCAGAUUUGGUCCCUGUGAAUUCAAGAUGCUUGAGGCCCUUUUCUUCUGGGCCCAGAGACCCAGGCACCCCCCUGGCACCAGCUCAAAAUUCCCCACUACCUGCUCUUCCCAGUACCAGCCUGCUGUCCCCAGUCUUUGGGCUGCAGAACCUUCCCAAACUGAGAGUUGGGGCUGAUUGCCCCUCCAGCAAAACACCUGGCCUGAGGCCUCUGACGGUGGUGAACGAUCGGACUGUGGAUCCUCCAGCUGUGGGCUUCAAGACUCUAAAGAAUCAGGUGGCCCCCACGUUGGCAGCACCGGCCCUGCGCACUUCAAACCGCACGAGGGACUGCACACCAAGCUGCAGCUCGGCAGCAGGGUUUAAGUUUGUGAGCCGACAGCCUCCCCUUCAGGAAGCUCCCCGUGAUGAUGAAUUUGAAAAUGACCUGUUCCUGGCAGCCUGCCUGCAGCCAGGUCCUGGGCCUGCCGUGGCUGAGAAGGGGAUGCCCCCUCAGGUGUGCAGGAGGGACGAGAGUAGCCCUGGAGGGACAGCCUUCAAAAAGCUUCGGGUGGGAGAGCCAAUGGUAACUCCUAGCCGUGGUGGCUCAGUCUGUUUGCAGCACGAGGGGACUCGGGCCAUCUCGAUGGGGGCAGGCGGAAUGCAGAAUCGGUCCCCGUUCCAGCAGGCGGACCCUGCUCUGAAACUGAAGCUGAGGCCGAGCACGGCAGGUUCUUGCUCCUCUCAGUCUAGCCUAGUAGCUCCGGCUAGCUCCCUGGGGAAUGCAGUCCCACAAGGCAGCACUGUUGCAGGCAUGGCUUGUGGCACCAUCUCCGCUCCCAGGUGCCACGCUUCGCGGCCUUUUCAAGCAUCUCGGGGUCAGCCUGGAACCGAAGCAAGCAGCCCUUCGGUGGCUCCAGUAAAGGCUCCAAGCCUCCACUCCCCAGGGAGCGGCAAUCCAAGGCCACCAGCACCACGGAUGCCCAGUCAGGGCUGUUCCACACCCAGAGGGCCCAGCAGCAGUUGGCGGCCACCUCUUAGGCACCCCGCAGGACCACGGUCCUUGAUGACUUGUGUGGAGUCACCGACUUCCACCCCAAGAGCUCCCUACUCAGCUGCUGCUGCUGCUGGGAACCUGCAGUCUCCGGUGGUCACCAAUCACCUUAUGCAGCUGGUCACGGCAGCCAACAAGACUCCCAAGGCUUCUGGCUGGACCCCGUCGCGGGUGAAAUCUCGCCGCUUCCCAGGACCUGCAGGGAUUCUGCCUCAUCAGCACGGUGGGAAAAAUCUGGAGGAAAUCCUGAUUUCCACUCCUCAGACUCCAGCCCAUGGAGCACUGGCAAAGCUAAGGACGGAGGAAGUGCCGAGUUCCCAGCAACCAAUAGACGAGGACUUUGGAAAAGGCCCUUGGAUUGCCAUGAAAACCGAGCUGCGGUUGGAUGAAAGAGACGCCUCCUGUUUCCUCAGGACGUAUAGCGUGGCCAUGGUGCUGAGGAAGGCAGCGCUGAAGCAGCUCCCGAAGAACAAGGUCCCUAGCAUGGCGGUGAUGAUCAAGUCACUGACGCGCACCAACGUUGACGCUGGUGUCGUGUUCAAGGAUCCUACCGGAGAGAUGCAGGGGACAGUGCACCGCCUGCUGCUGGAGGAGAGACAGAGCGACCUGAAGGCCGGUUCCGUGCUUCUCUUAAAGCAGGUGGGGGUGUUCUCCCCGUCCCACCGCAAUCACUACCUCAACGUGACCCCCAACAACCUGGUGAAGAUUUACCUGCCGGAGUCCAGGGCCGGGAGCCCCCUGCAGCCGUCGCAGGAGCCUGGGGAGAUGGGAGACGGGACGGUGCCAGUGUCCUUAGAGUUACAGUGCAAUGCCGAGCAGAGAGCUGUGCUGGGGGCGUCUCCUGUGCUCUGUGAGGUCCAAAGCCCGGCUGAAUUCCAGCAGGACUCCCCAGAAAAUCUCUCCAGCGGUGCUCCCAACCCCAGCAGCACAUGGAGCUCCAGGAGGGAUGGAAACAGCAGCUGGUGGACGGAACCACCCUGCCAUGGAGACAGAACGUCGGGGUCAAACAGACCUUCCCAAGAGGAGCCUCCGGGGGCUGAAGCCUGUGACGUGGACGAUCUGGAUGGGCUCCUAGGACAGCUGCCGGAGGACUUCUUUUCUGCUUCUGCCAGGGAGAGCAGCCGGUGACCCCCUCUGGAGCUACAACGAGGCGAAGAUCCCCCAGCCGGCACGGAGCUGGAUGGUCACUCAGCCAGGGGCAGCACCCGGGCUGAAUCCAGGCAGAGCAAGGACUCUGAACAGCGAGGUGACUUGUGUGCCUUAGGUAUCCUGUAUAUGUUUAUGAAUGGUAAGUUUGUUGUGUGUCUGGGAGCUGUGCUGACGGCUAGUCUGGGACUCCCAUACAGAACAGGGGCGACGCUGGCAGCCCUGAUGUGAAAUGAUUCCUGCCUUGCUACCGCUGGGCCCUUCCAGCAGCACCCUGGCAGUCUUUGCUUGGUGCCCUUGACUGAUCACGACCCGCGAGUGAUACAGCUUUCCCUGCUUGUAUCUGAUUCCUGCAUUAAAUGGGUGUUCGGUACCUUUCACGUGUGACACUCUUUCUUCAGCUGCCCUGCUUUCCUCCCCUUUGAUUUUAUGCAAAGCCAGCCUGUCUCCUAGCCAGGGGAGCAUGGUGCUGUGUGGGGAGGCUUCUGUUAACUGGAGCAUGUCUCCUUUAAAGCAUUAACAUAGAGCUGGCUGGGUUGCUUUUGGGAGUGAAGGAAUCCCAGGCCGUGUUCCUGCAACGUGCCCAUUGACCUCACUGGGGAGAGACACGUGCAAGGACUGCGCGAUCCGCCCGUAACAGGACUGGAGCUGCAGCUGAGGACAACGGAGUUCUUGAUAUUGAAGCCGGAUCCUCCCUGCCAUUGGUCAACUGCAACUCCCAGCAAAUUCACAGAGAAUCAAAGGAGCUCGGUACCUUUCACUGCUCCCCGCAGACAAACGCUUGUAUCAAAUGCAGCUGCGUCGACGUCGUUCUCCACUAGGCAUCGGGAUGGCAACCAGGCCAGCCGGAAUCCCCUGUGCUGUGCUUGAGAUG